AAAGCUGAAUCUUGGACAUUUUCGCAAAUUUAGAAAUUCCAGCUGGAUGCUUUUUUAAGGUCCGAAAAAGAGGACAUGUCCGGGAAAAAGAGGACGUAUUGUCACCCUAUUUUAACUUAACCUCUUGCAACCUCGCAUACAAAUGCCUGGACGUUGUAUUUUGGAUUCACUAUACGCAGUGCAUAAUUUAAAUUAAUUUAAAGCGGCUGAUCUCAGUUCAGAACUCUCUGGGCUGUCAGUAAAGGGUUACAUUUUCGACGUACUGAGUUAUGUGACAAAACAACAUGCCGCCGGUCUCAGCGGGGUUUGUUUUACAUCUGGGGCUGAAGCCCACGGUGCCCUCUCAACCCCCUCCCAUGGUUUUUGCCUCACCAACCAAGGUGGUUUCAGAGGCAGGUCCAACAGUUAACUACUUGGGAAUAAACAAAGUCCCUGAGCUGCAGAAGAUCUUCCAGAAAGCUGAUGGAGCACCGGUUCACCUGAAGCGUGGAGUCAUGGACAAAAUGCUGUAUAGGACCACAAUGGGCUUGACGAUCGGUGGCACCCUCUACUGUUUAAUGGCCCUGUAUGUCGCUGCCCAGCCCAGGAAACCACAGUGACCUGCUCUUUCUGUGCCUGCAUAAUACAUUAAAAUGAUCAUGAGUAGGACUGAUGACAUGGACUAUUGUCAUUCUGCCCUCAAAACAGUCACAAAAUCACUUGAUUACUUCAGUGCUGUUUCACUUCCAUAAAGCUGCUCUUAUUUAUAACUGCAGUAUUUUGUGUCACCAGUCCCCACUGAUUUUAAAAGUUAAUGUUACCAAUCUGAGAACAAACCAACAUUCUGAUGAGCUUGCUGGGUAUGAUGGGGUCGUCAUUGCAUAUGUACAUUCACGAGUGUUGAUUUUGAUUUCACCAAACCAUUUUUAUUCUCUCAUAUGGACGUCUAACUGUUCCCUCCAAAACAGCAGUUCCUCACUGUCUUGUGGGCAGUAAUUUACCUUAAUGUCUAAUUUUUAACACCUUGGGGGGAAAUAAUGGAGUUGAACUCGCAUUUAACUCGAACAAUCAACAGCAGGCUUUGGUUUUGAUUUUGGUCCUAUUUUCACACUCAUCGUGACUAGCACACACUGCUCGGAUAUACGAACCUACUGCAUAUGCAUCCCCUCAUAUCUUUUGAGAAAUGACAGUGAACAAUUACAGCUUGGCAGUCUGUAAAUGAAGUCCUUGUAAUUUGUAUUUAGGAGAAUAAAUAUAUUUUGUUUGUAAAAAGUGGGGGAAAAAAACA